AUGGAGCAGCUCCCGAGAUGCGAUGAGGAGGGGAAUCAGCAGCAGGUAGAUGCUGCUGCUCAUGUACAUGCAGUAACAGCAGCAGCAGCAUCAAAUGCCCAAGCGCCGGCAGAAGAAGCUGCUGGAACGGUGGAAACCCUUGCUGCAACGGGGGGCUCACUGACGGCGCAGCUGCAGCAGCUGCAGCAGCGAUUGUCUGCUAUGCGUUGGGGCUCAGCAGCGCAUCCCAAGCACCCCCAGCAGCAGCAGCAGCAGCAACAGCAGCAGCAACAGCAAGAACAGAUCCAGCAGCAGGAGAAUGGGGAAUUUAUGAGUUGCUGGGCCAGCAGCAGCAGCGGCGAUUCUGACGAGGCGAGCGAUGGCGAGGCGGAGGAGAAGACCAUCAUAGAGAAACAUGGGAAGGGCGAAUGCUGUGUUGCUGCUCCUCCUGUUGCUGCUGCUGCUGCUGCUGCUCCUGUUUCUUCGCUUGGCAGUUUACUUUUCUCUUUCGCCGCCUCCGCAGCAAAUUCGGUUGCGGAGAAAAUUGGGCAAUCGGCGCAGCAACUUUUCAGACCCCCGGGAUUGUUUGAGGUGACACCACGGGUGUAUCUGUGUGAGGGAGGAGACUACGAAUGCGCCUCCUUUUCUGGCGCGUCUUCUUACAUGGACAUUGUACAUCCUUUUAAAUAUCUGCUUGUUAACAUGACAGACAUUAAAUACGCUGCCUGCACACGUCAGCAGCACGGCGUUGCUGCUUCUGCUGCUGCUGCAUCUGCUGCUGCUGCACCUGCUGGUGCACCUGCCGCUGCUGCUGCGGAGGACGCGGGGGCGCCCCGCAGCCCUUCCACAGCGAGCAGCAGCGACCGCGGAACUCCCCGGCAGCAGCAGCAGCAGCAGCAGCGGGAAGCAGCAGCUGCAUCUGCCGUCGCUGCAGGAUUCUUGUUAGAGCCAGCGCCAACGGCAGCUGCUGCUGCAGCAGCCACCGCCGCCGCAGCGUUGGCAGCAGCAGCAGCAGCAGGAGAGUUCCGCACGGGGGCAGUGAUCGACGCGGGUUUUAGGGGGCUUCCCUAUCCGCCUUUGCGUCUUUGUUUGUCUCUCUGCAUCAGCGCUGGCUGCUGGCUACGAGGAGACAAGCAGCAUGUGCUGCUACUGCAGUGUUUCAGGGGCAUGGGGCGCUCUGUCUGCGUAGCAGCGGCUUUUCUGUCUUGGUGUGGGGUCUGUUCGGAUGUUGCUGCAGCAACAGCACAAAUAGAAAAUGCCUUGGGCAUACCGUCGGGUGCGCUGCCCCUGUUGCCCAGUCAGAAGCGUUUUCUAGCCUUCUUUGAAACCCUUAUGGGGCUUCCAUCCCCCACCUCCUCCUUCCUGCAGCAGCCGGAGCAGCAGCAGCAGGAGCAGGGACAGCUGCUGCAGCGGCUGGAGCAGCAUUUUGUGCCCAGGAGACUAAGGAGAGUUAUUUUCUGCGGGCUGCCGGCCAUAGAGGAAACGCCGUACGCAUUCGCCGACGUCAUAAAAGAGGAACCUGCUCCUGUUGAAGCGGAGGAGGGCCAGCAGCAGGAGCAGCAGCAGCAGGAGCAGCAGCAGCACGUAUUCGUGUUCCGCCCUGUGCUGGAGGUCUGGUUAGAGGGGUCUUUAGUUUACUCUUCGCUGCAGCAGUACUGCCCCGUUGCUGCUGUCGAUUCUGCAGGAGCUUCGGUGAAGCUGCAGCACCAGCAGAAGCUUGAGGCGCAGAGCAUCUGCGGCUGCCUGGCGCGUCAGCUUCCUGCAUACAGUCCGGAAGAGGGAAGCCUUAAGUUUGAAAUAGAGGGAGUGGAGGCAUGCGGCGAUCUGUUGCUGCGUCUACUACAUGUGACACAGCAGGAGGCGCAACAGGAGGCGCAACAGGAGGCUCAGCAGGAGGCGCAGAAGGAGCACUGGUGCUGCAGCUGUAGCAGCAGCAGCAGCAGCUGCCGCCGAAGUCGCGUGUGGGCACGAAAGGUGCCCAUGGCUCGCGCUGCGUUUCACACAGCAACUGUCAGUAGCCCCGGAUGCAUUUCCUUCGCCAAAGAAGAUCUCGACGGCGGCCCGAUGCUGGCAGCAGCUUUCCCUGAUGACUGCUUUUUUGCUGUUUUUUUUGACCCUCUAGAAAGCACCGACAAGGCAGUGCAGGUAGCAUCCGCAGUUGCUGCUGAAGCGAAAGACAAAUUUGCAGCAGCAACAGCAACUGAAGCAGCUGCUGCUGGAGAGAUGCAGCAGCUCGUCCAGAGAGUCAGGCAAGAAGGGAUUUACUAUCGCAGGCAGCAGCAGGAAGAACAGCAGCAACUGCUGCAGGUGGAGCAGCAGCAGCAUCAGGAACGGCAACAGCAAGCGAACCCAAAACAGCGGCAGCAUGACCAGGGCGUUCCUCGAUCAGGGGCGAAAAAGGAAUUAUGGCAGCAGCAGCAGCAGCAGCAGCAGAGGCUCGGCAGUGGAGUCUCUCCGCAGACCCAGCAGCAGCAGCAGCAGCAGCAACAGCAGCAACGGCAGCAACCGCAGCUGAGCGUCAACCAGCUGCCAGGUGGCGAGCCUGUGGAAUUUCUUGAAGUCGAGGACUGGGACUCCGGGGAGGCGCUUUCAGAAGGAGCAGCAGCAGCGGCACCGGGAGCAGCGGCUUCUUCUGCAGAGCGUGCCGCUGCGAUUGCUGUCGCAGGUGCAGCAUCGGGCGUCGCAGGUGCGGCUUUGCUUCUGCGCCCUUCGAAGCAGCAACAGAAACGACAACAGCAACACGAGGCGCAGCAAGACAGCGAGAGCGACAUAAGUUGGGGCCACAGCGAAGAGGAGGAUGGGGAGGCUACGGACACUCACCACGUCCCAUCUGCAGUAAGUGGCUGUUCUUCAGGACAGGAUGUCCGCUGUCCGUCUUUCUACGUCCUCCCUGCUGCCGAAACCACGCUCCUGAGUCCCCCGAGCGUCAGCUGCAACCGCACAUGCAGCAGCAGCAUCGCUGAGUCGGGUUCUCAUGGCCUGGAAAGUGAAGCAGCUUCAUCAGAGCAACCACCAGCGGCGGCAUUAGCAACAUCGGUAGCAGCAGCAGCUGCAUCAGAAGCAACAGAACUGCUGUCUGAUGCUUCGAGCAACAGCGACGGAGAGCAGCAGGGCCUUCCCGUUCUUGGCCUCCGUACCCGCAGCAGCAACAACAGCAACAACAAACGCGGCCUUUGCGAGGCUUGCCUGGAUUUCGUCCCUCCCGUUGCUUCGUCGACUGGCGCAAGAGCAGCCCCAGCCAGAGUAAUCGCUGCUGCUGCUGCAUCCGUGACAGCAACAGCAGGUACUGCAGCAAACGCUGCAGCAAAUGGUGCAGCAAACUCAUCACGCUCAGAGAAAAGCCUCUCGCGCGAAAGUAGCACCGGCGACUGGGUCGCUGUUGCUUCACGGGGGUCUUCUCCCGUGCUGCUCGCUUCGCCUCGCCAAACGUCGCUUGAAGCGGGCAGCAGCAACUACAGCAGCAACUGCAGCGGCAGCCGCAGCGGCAAGAGCAGCCGAAGCACCUCCCCAAGAACUAUUGCCAAUCACCGCUUGUUCGUGGUCCUUAACCAGCCCCAGCACACGCACCAGCAGCAGCAGGAGCAACAGAGGAGCGUCCCACAGUUGCAGCAGCUCCCUCUGCAACAACUAAAGCAGCAGCAGUAA